UAAAUUCAGUUGCGCAUUGCACGUCGAGGUGUUCGGUUCUUUUUGGUGACUAGUGUGUCGUGUUAACCAGUGUAGUUGGUAGCUAGUGUAGUGCUGUGUCCUAGGGCAAUUAACGCUGGUCAGCAUUUUGCAUGUGUGAUUUUGUGGUGAACUGUUUGUGAAAUAUUGAUUAAUCAGGGAGCACAGACAAUGUCGAAGGAUACGGACGUGGAGCAACAGGCGACGAAGCCGGAAGGUGGAGUCGUCCAGGUGGCAGCAGCCAUUCCGGAGGAGUCCCCCACCACGGUGUCCACCACCACAACGGUGAUCGCCGUGUCCAAUGGGGAAAAGCCAGUGGAGUUGACAAUAGCAAAAGCGGCAACACCUGUGGCACCUGCAACAGCAGAACAAGUGCAACCUGCAACAACCAUUGCUGGCAUUGAAUUGGCCACACCGACAGCAACACCGACAGCAACAGCAACAGCAACAUCACCAACAUUAACCACAACAGGCAGCGGCAAAGCCAACAUGGAUCCGGCGCUGAUCAACUUCAAGGUUCUGUAUGUGCUGACCCAGCUGUGCGGUCUGACGAUGAUCGUCCUGGUGGGCACCUGGAUUGGCCAGCACUUUGGCGGACUGGGCGGCAGCUCCAAUCCCAAGUUGGAGUUCAACUGGCAUCCGCUGUUCAUGACCAUUGGGUUUAUCUAUCUGUAUGGCAACUCCAUACUGAUCUAUCGUGGUUUCCGCACCACGCGCAAGAAGACACUGAAGCUCACCCACGCUGGCAUCCACAUGGCUGCCUUUAUUCUGACGGUGAUUGCUCUGAAGACUGUCUUCGAUUCGCACAAUUUGGCCAGUCCGCCCAUUCCCAAUCUGUAUUCGCUGCACUCUUGGCUGGGCUUGUCGGCGGUCAUUGUCUUCUCGCUGCAGUAUGUGGCCGGAUUUGUGGCGUUUUUGGCGCCGGGACUGAGGGAGAACUACAGGAUCGCCUUGAUGCCGCUGCACAUCUACUUCGGUCUGUUUGGCUUCGUUCUGGCCAUCGCCAGUGCCCUGAUGGGACUCACCGAGAAGGCCAUCUUUGCCAUCACAAAUCCCCCGUAUUCCACGCUGCCCACUGCUGGUGUGCUGGCCAAUGUGAUUGGCGUACUGUAUGUGGUCUUUGGGGCUCUGGUUGUCUAUCUGGCCACCGAGCCCGCCUACAAACGAAAGCCCAUUCCCGAGGACACGGCUCUGCUUAGCUCCAGUUCCGGCAAUGAGUAAGGACCCCCAAAAAUCAGCUGCAAUGCUUACUUAAGCUCAAAAAAAAAAACUGUGCACAAAACCAAACGAAACCGAUGACCUGAUCACACGGAUGGUGCUUUUGUUGUUGACGAUGCCUGUAUUAUCUGUAGCAAGUACAUAACUUAAUGACUAUGUAUAAUUCCGGACUAUCCACAUGCGUAUAUAUAUGGUGCACUUGGAUCAGCGUGUGCUCAAAUCGUAACGUAUUUAACCUCAUGAAGAACAUUUGUUUUGAACUGUACGAAUACAUCUCUAUCUAUGUGUGUGUUACAUAUAUGCUUAAAUAAAUAUAUAUUAAUACAA